AAACACAAAUUGUGGUUCAAAAAAAUAAAAACAAACUGCAAUAGUUACUAGAAAAACGCGUUUUUUCCCAUUUAGUCUAACGUAAAUACGUAAAAAUCGCGCCUGUAGUGCUAGGGAACGCGUGAAGAAGUGUUUUUCUUUUGUGUUUUUCCCGAAAAACUUCGAUUCGGAUAUUUACCUGGUAGUCAGCACACCAGCAAGCAUCGACGACGACGACGUUGUGUCGUAAUAAUAAAUAUAAAUACAAAAAGAGAAGAAAUAUCUGUGUGCAAGUGACGGCUCGAAAGCAAGAAUAAAAGUGCGAAAAUUACGCUUUUCGUGAUUUUGCGAGGAAAAAGUAGCGCGGACCUCAAACGCAACCAUAGUGAACAAUAUAUAAAAUUUUUUCGGAAACCCUUGUGCAAUAAUAAUAAAAAAAAGGCGAAAAAAUCGCAGCAAGAAAUGUCACGUCGCUGAGCAUCGCGCGCCGUGACUCGACGAAGAACCCACACACUCCCACGACAUUCGACGACGCGUUGUCCAGCCAUCGAUAGAACAUCAUCUAGGAUUAAAAGCCUUUUUGGUUUUAGCUAAAUAUCUCUCUCUCUUCGUGUGUGUGUGUGUGUGUAUAUAUGUGCGUGUUCGUGCAUCGAUAGAGCAGCAGCAGCCCAAGUUGUGGUAAUAGUUGUACGUAUGUCGUGUCUUCUGUCGGUUGUUGUUUAGACACAAAAAAAAAACGCAAAAUGUUAGCUGCCCUGAAUGCACUCAACGAGAUACAAAAUGAGAGUGAAACGGACAAUUUCAAGCAGCAGCAGCAACAAAAUCAGCAAAAUCAACAACAACAGCAGCAACAACAGCAACAGCAGCAGCAGCAGCACCUUCAGGAAAAUGACAUGUAUGCCCCAUCGAUGGGUGAUCCGUCACAGUUUAAGCAAUCGCAUGCCAUGCAAAAUAGCCAUGACACCGUAGGACAUCCAUCACAGCAACAACAACAACCUUCGCAGCAACCGCCGGACAUGCACAGCAACAAUCUUCCCAUCAAACAUGAGCAGCAUUACGGAACGCUUCCCCCACGAAACCCCAUGGAAGUGAGUGAGCAAGAGAAGGAAGCCUUGCACCAGUAUCGCGUCCAACCCAAAUACGAAAAUAAUAGCAAUAUGAUCAAAAAUGAGUAUAAGAACAACCUAGGUUACGAUAUGGGCAUGGAAGCGAUGAUGCAACAGCAACAACAACAACAACAACCACAAAGACCGAAUAAUAAUUAUGGCUAUAUGCAUCAUCCGGGCAUGAAUCAUCAUAGUCAGUCACCUGGCAUGGUGGAACAACAACAACAACAACCGCAAGCGGAUAAACCUAACUACGUUAAUAAUCAGCAAAUGCAGCAAGUGCAACAUCGCCAGACGCCCAAUUAUAACGAUUACAUGGGUAGACAGGCGGCUGUCAACAAUGGAAUGCCAAUGCCGGGUCAACGGUACCCCGGAAUGAUGGAAGAUCCCUACAACUUUGUUGACGAAGACGAUUCAAUGCAAAAACCGCUUCAAGGUGGUCCUCCAAUGCAUCCCUUCACGCCAAAUGGCUACAAUAUGUCGCAACCGCCACCACCGCAGCAUCCCGCAAUGGCCGAUUACAGCAAUCCGCUGCAGCAGCAGCAGCAACAACAGCAACAACAACCGCCAGCAGCAAUUGCCGCGACACAACCCGAUAAAAGUGCCAAGAAGCGGGGGCGUAAAAAGAAGGGCGAUGAGAUAAGCAAUACUCCGAUUAAUGGUCAACAACAGCAACAACCGCAACAGCAGCAACAACAACAGCCUGGAAAUCCCGAACAAGCACUCGCAGUGCCACGACCUGUGAAGGAGAGAAAAAAGCACGAUAGAUUCAAUGGGAUGCCGGAAGAAGAUGUGAUCAAAAAGACGUUGCCGGAUCAUAUUACGGAGAAUUUGGAUAUUAUCAUAAUCGGCAUCAAUCCAGGUUUGUUUGCCGCUUACAAGGGUCACCAUUACGCCGGUCCCGGCAAUCAUUUUUGGAAAUGUUUGUACUUAUCGGGCCUCACGCCCGAACAAAUGACGGCCGAAGAGGAUUACAAGUUGCUUAAUUGGGGAAUUGGCUUCACGAAUAUGGUAUCGCGUCCCACAAAGGGAAGUGCCGACUUGACGCGAAAAGAAAUAAAAGACGGUAGUUUGAUACUGCUAGAAAAAAUCAAGCGUUUCCGGCCUAAAAUCGCCGUCUUCAACGGAAAACUCAUCUUCGAAGUGUUUUCUGGCAAGAAAGACUUUAAUUUUGGCAAGCAACAGGAAUUAGUGGAAGGAACCAAUACAUAUAUGUGGGUGAUGCCUUCGUCAAGUGCUAGAUGCGCUCAGUUACCACGUGCAGCGGAUAAAGUGCCAUUUUACAUGGCGCUGAAAAAGUUCCGUGACUACCUGAAUGGCCAUUUGGACCAUUUGGAUGAAUCAGAGGUUGUGUUCGAUGAUCCGAAGUAUAAAAAUUGUCACGAAAGUGAGCCAAAGCCGGAUGUCCCGAUUCAAUAUGGGCCCGAUGGCUUACCCAUAGACGAUGGCAAGAAGAAACGCGGAAGACCGAAGAAGAAUAAGGCAUUGGAGGCGGCACAAGCAGCUGCAGCAGCAGCGGGAACGGCAACAAACCCCAAUAACGACAUGAGUAUACCAACGAAUGUUGCCGGCGGUGAUGAAAAUAGUAGCAAUAAACAACAAUUAAUGGCUAGUAAUAGUAGUAAUAGUGUAAAUAGUCAAGUUAUGUGCAACGAGCUAGGUCAGAAUAACGGUCAAAUGAUGCAGGGAAUGAUGCCAGGUGCAACAUUUGACAUGUCAAAGAAGAAGCGCGGGCGACCGAAGAAGCAAAAGGGCAUGGAUGGUGCCGCAUUUACGCCGAAUCAGCAACCGUCGCAACCGAAGGCGAAACAGACGAAGAAACAAGCUCAACAAAGUACUCCGCCAAUGCCGCCACAAACGAAUCUCAGUAUGCAACCGCAAGCAACACAACAAUCACAGCAGCAACAGCAGCAGCAACAACAACCGCCCCAAACUCAUUUCAACUCGCAAAACUUCAAUAUGAUGCAUAACCCGGUGGAUACAUUGACGCCACCGCCGUCCGUAGGCUACGCGCAAAACAGCAUGGGCUACAACGGGACCUCCAUCAAAGGGCAUCCCGGCUAUCAACAGAGCCCGCAGCCAAAUUCGCAGUGUUAUUCGACGCCAUCGGACAUGUCUUCCGAUAUUUCGGGCGCCACAAUCACGAACGAACACAACAGUCCGACGACAGCGACGACGCCCAUUGACUUUAAUCCGGCCUCGAAUGACAACAACACGAACGAAUGUCGUUUCUCGAGUCCGGCCUCAACGAUAAGCGAACAACAAUCUCACAACAUGAAUCCACAUCGGCAUCAAACCCCGCUGGACAUGAACUAUCAAUCGUCGCCAUAUAGCACGCCAAACAGAAAUCAGACUCCGAAUGGCGGCAUUAACGAGCAACCACCGCCCAGUGGUCCGCAUUACGGCAAUUACACCAGUGAUCAGCACUUGAGUCAGCAAUAUGCAUUGAAACAACAUCACAGUCCCAGUUUCUCGCCACAUCUGAUAAGCAAUAAUCCGGGUGCUCGAAAUUCGCCGCAAUCACACAAAAUGCCGUCGCAGCAGCAGCAGCAACAAGCGCCGCCCCCUCCGCAAGGCAACAACACAACCACGAAGGAAUACGGAAGCAACACAAACACGGAUGUCGCCACCAAAAGUCUGUCGGGUCUCGAGUCGUUAGUGAACGAAAUUCCCACAGAAUCGGAACGUUUGUCACACCAAUCCGCCUCCGAUUACGCUCUAAAAUCCGAGGCAUCGGCUCUGCUCUCCGACCAACUUGCUCAAUACUCGUCAAAUCCACACACGGAUCCCUACAAUCCCUAUUCAACCCAUGCGAGUCUCUCGUCAGCUGCUGUCUCGUCCGCCAGUAGUUUCGUCAGCUCCGUGCCAUCACAAUUUUCGAGUAGCAGUCAUUAUGCGGCAGCAGCUGCCGGUAGUAUCGCAAAUCCCACACCCUCUUCCUACAACAUGUCAAGUCCCUUUUCCGUGAACAACUUGCUGACGCCAAAUCACAGCUACAAUGCGGCAGCAGCAGCUGCCUAUGCGAAAGCAGGUCCUCCAGCUCCGCCGCCGCCCGGGCAUCCGCACUUGACACCCACAAAUCAUCUCUUUAUGGAACCACCGCACAUGCCAGUCGCCAUGUUUCCCUACACGCAGCAACCCUCCUACACAUAUCCGUCGGCCGCCCCGCAUCCGUCUCUGCUGAAUCCUUCCUAUCCGCAUCCCUAUUCGCCCUACAGCAAUCCCGGCUUCACGUCGCAUCACAUGUUCGACCGAUUCUGAUUUUUGUUUUAGUUCAGCAGUCAUCCCACGAGCACGUAAGAAUGUCGUUUUUAAGUUUAAAUCUUGUUUUUUUGUUGCCAUAUUACUUUUUUAUAAUGACAUUUUUUUUAAUUUAUAAAAAAUAACUUAGGUUAAAUGAGUAGCAAUUGCUACUCAAUGAAAACGAAUGAAAAGCGACUGAUUUUUUUUUGUGUUGUUCACAAAUUGUUUGAGCAUCCCAUGUCAAUUUUUUUUUGUUGUAAAGAACAAAGCUCGAAUGAGUUUCACAUAAAAGACAUAAAUAAAUAAUUUAAUAAAAUACU